GCGGGAGGAGCAGCAGAGGUGCUUGGACGAGCUCCAGAGACUAAGGGAAUGGCGGGAAGAUUUGGGACCUGACGCAGCCACAACUGCCAAUUCAGCUUCUCAAUCUCAUCUUUCCACGUCAUCUGCCACGUCAGCCACCGUUACCACCAUCUCCACCACCACUAUCACCGCACGUUCCAAGAACCUGCCGUUACUCCAUUCUUCCAGCGCAGAGAUUCGAACUCCGGCCUCCAACGCCCAACAGGCCAAGCUGCUGCUGCCACAGUCUGCCAGUGCCGCUGCUGCAACGGAUAGAGGGCCGGUGCUGCCACUGCUGAGUGGCAGAUUCCACCGAGAUACUCGGCCGCAUUCACAGGGGGCAACAACAGCGUCAGCAGCUGCAGAAGAACUACCCUCUGUGCGACGGCUGCUGAGUCACACAUACAGAACUCCCAACCUCAACCCUAAUGCCGCCUGCGCCGAGAAUGAGACGAGCGUUGCCGCCCUCAGAGCCCACCUGGCGGCCAAGGCGGUGCAGCUGAGAGCCACUCAAGUGCAGAUCGAGGAGAUGCAGCGCACCGUGGGCCGAGUGAACUACCAGAAGUUUCUCCUGGACUAUGCUCUCUCAGAGACCACUGUUGACUGGAAUGACCGGCUGCUGCCGCCACAGAGGAUGGAGGAUGCACGUCGGGCUAUAGCUAGCUGCACUGCCAAUGGUGUUGUUGUCACGUCAAAGAAACUGCAACUCUGGAAGGGCUAUGCAUGUGAUGCAUCGGAUGAUGACAUCUACUCAUUCCUAGAGUACGACCCCAAUAGGCUGUGCCCGGAUGACUGGAUGGCGACCCAGGCGCUCAUAUUCACCCACAACUGCUUCUCCCUGCCCAAGCGCCGCUGCAUGGCGCGCACUAAUCAAAGGUGGACCGAGCCCCUGCCCUUCCCAGCGUCUCUCUUCACGCAGUCUGCGCUAAAGGACGAGAACGUGCGGUGGAGCCUGCACUCCUGCAAGUCCUUUCCCUGCCUCAACACGCGUGUGGUGGGGGACUGUCGCAACUGCUUCAACCUCACUCUUGAGAAGAACCGAUGGCAGCGGGGGUUCCGAGGGUCUCUGCCCAUUCCCGUUGUCGUCAGAAUGAAGCGAGGGUCGUUGAGACUCGGGCUAGACGCGGGAGGAGGCUCGGGGACGUUUGCAGCGCACAUGGCGCUAUACAACGUGACGAUUCUCACGACAGCGAUGAAUGUGGAGACGGUGGCAGGGCGCACAGGCGGACUGCCUUACAUGGAAACUCUGGCUCACCGCGGGCUCAUUCCCCUCUGGUUACCACACAAGGCACGCUUGCCUCUCUUUGACAACACACUAGACCUCGUUCACUGCGUCAACAGCAUCAAGUAUCUGCCAGUGUUGGAAUUCGAGGAGCUCAUAUUCGAGUGGGACAGGGUUCUUCGAGUCGGUGGAGUCAUGUGGUUUGAAAUGUUCUACGCGCCUCUUGAUGAAAUGCCACUCUAUAUCGCAAUAAUCGAGCAGCUACAGUACAAGAAGCUACAUUGGAACAUUACUCCUAAGCCCGACAGUGGCGAGCGGAAGGGAAUGCAUGUCUAUUUGAACUGUGUUAUCGAGAAACCUGUGCGACGAGACAGAUAA